GGGCAUGGCCGCCGCCGCCGCCGCCUCCGCCUCCGCCUCCUAGAGUGCGGGCCUCCCCCGGCAAGCCUGCGACGGUGCAAGCGCGGAGGCAAGAUGGCGCCUGCAGCCGCCGCGAGCGCAGACCGCGGGCUGAAAAGCCUGGUGUGGCAGAAGCUAAAAACAGAAGUAUUUGAUGACUGUAGGAAAGAAGAAGAGUGGAAGAUAAUUCUUCUAGAUGACUUCACCACAAAGCUUCUGUCGUCAUGUGGUAAAAUGACGGAUUUAUUAGCUGAGGGGAUAACAGUUGUGGAGAAUGUUUAUAAAAACCGUGAGCCAGUCCCUCACAUGAAAGCUAUUUAUCUCAUCACACCUACAGCAAAGUCUGUAGAUGGUCUUAUAAAUGACUUUGUAAGUAAAUCGGCAAGCAAGUACAAAGCAGCUUAUGUCUACUUUACUGACUUUUGUGAUGACAAACUGUUUAAUAAAAUGAAGUCAUCUUGUUCAAAGGCAAUAAGACGGUGCAAAGAAAUAAAUAUAAAUUUUUUUCCGUAUGAAUCGCAGGUAUUUACUCUUGAUGUCCCAAAUGCAUUCUACCGCUGUUACACUCCUAAUAUCGAAAAGGCAAAUGACAAUGUAAUGGAGCAAAUGGCUGAGCAAAUUGUGACAUUAUGUGCCACUCUAGAAGAAAAUCCAGGUGUAAGAUACAAAAGCAAACCUUUGGAUAAUGCCAGUAAACUUGCACAGUUAGUUGAGAAAAAACUUGAAAACUACUAUAAAACUGAUGAACGAAACCAAGUCAAGGGCAAAACCAACUCCCAGCUGUUAAUAAUAGAUCGCGGCUUUGACCCAGUGUCAGCUGUGCUGCAUGAACUCACUUUUCAAGCAAUGGCUUAUGAUCUGCUCCCUAUUGAAAAUGAUACAUACAAGUAUAAGACUGAGGGUGCGAGUGGUAAAGAAAGGGAAGCUAUUCUAGAGGAAGAUGAUGACCUGUGGGUGAAAAUCCGACACAAGCAUAUUGCAGAUGUAUUGGAGGAAAUACCAAAGCUUAUGAAAGAAGUUUCUUCAAAAAGGAAGGCAACUGAAGGGAAACUGUCUUUAAGUAAUCUGACUCAGCUCAUGAAAAAGAUGCCCCACUUCCGCAAACAGAUUACUAAGCAAGUAGUGCAUCUUAACAUAGCUGAAGAUUGCAUGAAUAAGUUUAAGGGUAACAUAGAAAAGCUGUGCAAAGUUGAACAGGACUUGGCUCUUGGAACAGAUGCUGAGGGGCAGAAAGUGAAAGACUCCAUGCGUGUCCUUCUUCCAGUACUGCUUAACAAAACUCACGACAGCUAUGAUAAGAUAAGGGCCAUCCUCCUCUAUAUCUUCAGCACAAACGGGACUACACAAGAGAACAUGGACAGGCUGAUCCAGAAUGUACAGAUAGAAAAUGAUGGUGACAUGAUAAAAAAUUGGAAGUACCUUGGUGUGCCUGUUAUUACCACAACUACAUCACAACAACGCAGACCACCAAGGAAGGAUCGUUCUUCGGUAGAAACAUUUCAGCUUUCUAGAUGGACACCAGUUGUCAAGGAUAUUAUGGAGGAUGCCAUAGAAAAUAAACUGGAUUCAAAGGAAUGGCCCUACAGUUCCCAGUGCCCUGCGCCUUGGAAUGGUUCAGGAGCAGUGAGUGCUCGCAAUAAACCCAAAUCUAGUUACCUGGAUGACCGGAAGAGUGGUUCAAAGUUGAUUGUGUUUAUCAUUGGAGGAAUUACGUACUCUGAGAUGCGCUGUGCGUAUGAAGUUUCUCAAGCCUGCAAGUCUUGUGAAGUUAUAAUUGGUUCCACUCACGUUGUGACACCUAGACGUCUACUGGAUGAUGUAAAAGCACUUACUGUAACAAAAGCAAAGGAUAGUGUAUAUUUUAAAGAAGAAUAGAAUUAGAAUAUAUGACAGUUUUCUGCUGUGCUUAACUUAAACAUAUUAAGAAAGAACAUGUAAUAUAAAUACUAUGGACGCAAUCUACCCCAGGUUAAGGGAGCUAAGUGCCAUUGAUUUCAGUAGGAGAAUUACAUGUUUAAUUUUCUCACUGAAAGCAAUUGUACUUAAAGCACUCAUCUUGAACUGGUUUGUACCUGUGUACAUAUUUUAUAUUUCAGUAUUAUAUUUGGGACUGUUUUUAUAAUUUGAAAACUGCCUUUCCUUCUGGGGUUGGAAGCUGAAGAAGGUAAGAAUGAGAAAGUGUAUGUAACAGCUUGUGUUUUAUUGUAAUGUGCUUGGUUAUAGAUGCCAUUUUGCUGUGAAAUGUUCAGUGUAGAGAAUGUUUGCCACUGCAACGUACAAUGCUGGGAUUUGGGAAAUGUGCUUGUAUAUAUGCUUACACUUUUCAGUAAUAAUACAUAAACUUUCUAUCUUAUAAACAUGUUCAUUUCUAAAGAUAACAUUAUAGAAAGACCAUGAACUUAAAAGUAUAGAACAAAAGUUGUAAAUAUAGAUGUAUAGCACCAUUUCACUACUGCAAUAUGUAGACCAACGAAACAUGCAACUUUUAAGAAUUCACUGGAAGUAGAUCGUAAUGAUGUGGAAAAGAUAUUUUUUUCCUGGAACAAAAACUUGAUUAGGUGUGUCUGGGAUUGCAUGGAUUUUUCAAGGGCAUUUGGGUAGUUAUUCAUGGAAAUAAUAGGCAUUUUACCAUCAAUAAAGAACUUUUGAAGAAA